AUGGAUUUUAGAGAAAUCCUACUGAUCGCUUCCAAAGGACAAGGUGUCAACAAUGUGCCGAAAAGAUACAGCUUGGCAGUUGGGCCUCCCAAGAAAGACCCGAAAGUUAAGGGUGUCCAGUCAGCAGCAGUGCAAGCUUUUCUCCGAAGGAAAGAAGAGGAACUCAGACGGAAAGCCUUAGAGGAAAAAAAAAGAAAAGAAGACCUAGUCAAAAAGCGAAUUGAGCUAAAACAUGACAAGAAAGCAAGAGCCAUGGCCAAAAGGACAAAGGAUAAUUUCCAUGGUUACAAUGGGGUUCCUGUUGAAGAAAAGUCAAAGAAGAGGACGGCAGUGGAAAAUCAAACCAGCCAGGGAACAGACCAGGAGUAUGAAAGAAGCGUGAUGGAAGAAGAGGAUGAAUACCUAGAAUACAAUCAAGAAGGGUCCGAGCUGGAGUACGAGGAAGAGCAGGAACCUCCCAAAGUUGAAAGCAAGCCAAAGGUUCCCCUUAAAAGUGCCCCACCACCUAUGAACUUCACUGAUCUACUCAGGCUGGCUGAGAAAAAGCAGUAUGAACCAGUGGAGAUUAAAGUUGUAAAGAAAACAGAAGAGAGGCCCCUGACUGCAGAAGAACUUAGGGAGCGAGAAUUCCUCGAACGAAAGCAUAGGAAAAAGAAACCAGAGAUAGAAGCAAGACUACCUCCCACUAUGCCCAAAAAGGUGCCCUCUCAGAGAGAAAGCAUGAGCUCAAAGCUUAGCAAAGGUUCUGGGGACAAGAUUCCUCCUUCUAAAGGAGCUCCCCUUCCUCAUGCUGAGAAGAAAUCCAGGCCCAGCACAACCAGUGAGAAACACUUGGGUUUGUCAUCUAAAUCCAUGACAGGGGAGAAGACCAAGGCAGUAUCAGGCAAUUACCCCCAUCCCUCACUUCGAGAGGGCCGUGACAAACCUGUAUUGAAUGGGACAGGAAAGUCCCAUUCUAGCACCUAUUCACCAAGUGUCCAAAAAUCGUCUGCGAGCGGGACUCAGAAAUCUCUUGCUGAGCACAAAGCCAAAAAAUCUCCUCCUUCCCAUCCUAGCCAUUCCAGGCCUGGGCCAAUGGUCACCCCAAACAAGAAUGUGAAGAGUCCAGGUGUCCGGCAGCCAGGCAGCAGCUCUAGCUCAGCCCCCGGGCGGCCCAGCACAGGAACUGCUCGACCCCUUGCUACCCCUAGCCCUAUGUCCAAGCGCCAGAAUGGAAGUUCCAGUGCAGGACCUGAGCGAUCAGUCAACGGGACCAAGAGACCAACCAGUGAUUCAAAUCCCUCCACUCGGACAGUCAGUGGCCCUGGGCGACCCAUCAGUGGCUCCCAUGGUUCUGGGAGACCUACAGGCAGCUCUGGUGGCCCUGGGCGGCCUGUGAGCAGUACACAUGACCUUCAGCGACCAGUGAGUGGUUCAGGCGCUCCUCGGCAGCCAGUUGGUGGCCCAAGGCAAUCAGGAGGUGGCUUGGUUUCAACUGAACGGACUGUCAGACCAGUAAGCAGCUUGAGACCUGGGCAGACGGUUGGCAGCUCAGGUCCUCCUGUAAAACCUAAGUGCACUGUUGUUUCAGAAACAAUUUCUUCCAAGAAUAUAAUUAGCCGGUCUAGCAAUGGACAGAUGAAUGGAAUGAAGCCUUCUCUAUCUGGCUCCAGAUUUGCUCAAGGUCCCCAAAAGCUUCCCUUUUCUGGUUACAAACGGCAGCGAGACUACUUUGAUGAGGAAGAUGAUGAUGAUGAUGAUUAUGACUCUGAAAUGGAAGAUUUUAUUGAUGAUGAAGGAGAACCUCAGGAAGAAAUAUCGAAGCACAUUCGAGAAAUAUUUGGCUAUGACCGGAAAAAGUAA